GGCGCCAAUUAUGCCCCUUGUUAUUUAUUACAUCCUCACUUCAGAAGAUGGGUUCUAUCAAGAUGCCGAAGAAAGCCACGUUGUUUCUGGAAGAUGGCUCCAGAUUUAGUGGCCAACUUUUUGGCCAUCCUGUCAGCGUUGCCGGUGAAGUGGUCUUCCAAACUGGCAUGGUUGGUUAUCCAGAAUCUUUAACAGAUCCAUCUUACAAAUCUCAGAUCUUAAUUCUUACAUACCCACUAAUUGGUAAUUAUGGAAUCCCAAGUCAGAAAAAAGACAAGAAUGGCCUUCCACUCUGGUUUGAGUCAGCUAAAAUACAUGCAUCUGCCUUGAUUAUUGGUGCCCUUAGUGAUGACUACAGCCAUUGGAAUGCAGUUCGUUCUCUAUCAGAUUGGUUGGCUGAAGAAUCUAUCCCAGCUAUUUGUGGUAUUGACACCAGAGCCCUGACCAAACGGAUUCGAGACAAAGGCACAAUGUUAGGAAAGGUGAUUCUUGAGGGAACAGAUCCCAGUAUUUUGGCAUUCAGUGACCCCAAUAGAGAGCAUUUGGUGGAACAAGUAUCAAUAAAGGAACCUGUGGUUUACAACCAGGAAGGGAACUUGAAAAUUGUUGCUAUUGAUUGUGGGAUGAAAUACAACCAGGUUCGUUGUUUGACUCAGAGGGGUGUGUCUGUGAAAGUUGUACCAUGGAAUUACCCUGUGAAACCAGAUGAGUAUGAUGGUCUUUUCAUAAGUAAUGGUCCAGGUGAUCCAAUGCUUUGCACAGACACUAUUAAUAACUUGAAGCAACUGAUUGAUGAUCCACGGUGUAAACCUAUCUUUGGAAUCUGUCUGGGACACCAACUGCUCUCACUUGCCAUAGGAGCAAAAACGUAUAAAAUGAAGUAUGGUAACCGUGGUCACAAUCAACCUUGCACUCACUUGGACACCAGUAGAUGCUUCAUCACCACUCAGAACCAUGGCUUUGCUGUAGAUGCUAAAACAUUGCCAGAUGGCUGGUCUCCAUUGUUCAUUAAUGAAAAUGAUCAAACAAAUGAAGGUGUUAUUCAUCAUACUAAACCUUUUUUCAGUGUUCAGUUUCAUCCCGAACACACUGCUGGUCCUGAAGAUUUGGAGUUCCUGUUUGAUGUAUUUGUGGAACAAGUACGUGCAGUGAAAGCUGGACAUGCCAAGUUUUCUAUACGUGAGAGCAUUCGGCAGAAGUUAAACUAUGUUUGUAACCCAAUGCCUCCUUGCCGGAAGGUACUGUUACUCGGCUCAGGUGGACUUUCUAUUGGGCAAGCAGGAGAAUUUGAUUACUCUGGUUCACAGGCUAUCAAAGCUUUAACUGAAGAAGGUAUUCAGAUCAUUCUAAUCAAUCCCAACAUUGCAACAGUACAGACAUCAAAGUGGUUGGCUGAUAAAGUGUAUUUCCUCCCUAUCACUGCAGACUAUGUCACAGAUGUGAUUAAAAAUGAAAGGCCUGAUGGUGUUCUUCUAACAUUUGGAGGUCAAACUGCUCUGAACUGUGGCUUUGAGUUGACCAAGCUGGGUGUAUUUGAGAAAUAUGGUGUCAAAGUUUUGGGUACUCAAGUACAUUCCAUUGAGAGAACUGAAGACAGGAAAAUAUUUGCUGACAACAUGGCAGAGAUUAAUGAACAAGUACCACCAAGUGAAGCAGCUUACACUGUAGAAGCGGCUAUUGAAGCUGCUGAUCGAAUUGGCUACCCUGUAAUGUUACGUGCUGCCUAUGCAUUGGGUGGCUUGUGUUCAGGUUUUGCUACUAACGGAGAUGAGUUACAAGCAUUGGCUAACACUGCUUUUAAACACACCAGUCAAGUCCUCAUUGAUAAAUCAUUGAAAGGUUGGAAGGAAGUGGAAUAUGAAGUUGUACGUGAUGCCUACAACAACUGCAUUACAGUCUGCAACAUGGAAAAUGUUGAUCCUCUUGGAAUUCAUACAGGGGAAUCAAUAGUGGUAGCUCCAAGUCAAACAUUGACCAACAAGGAAUAUAAUAUGCUUCGGACAACAGCUAUCAAGGUUGUACGUCAUCUUGGAAUUGUGGGAGAAUGUAACAUCCAGUAUGCUGUGAAUCCUGAAUCUCAUGAGUUCUACAUCAUAGAAGUGAAUGCCCGUCUAUCACGGAGCUCAGCUCUUGCUAGCAAGGCUACUGGCUAUCCUCUGGCCUAUGUAGCAGCCAAACUUGCCCUCGGUAAACCUCUUCCAGAAUUAAGAAAUUCAGUCACCAACUCAACAACUGCUUGCUUUGAACCCAGUCUAGAUUACUGUGUGGUGAAAAUACCCAGAUGGGAUCUUAGUAAAUUUUCACGAGUAUCAACAAAGAUUGGCAGCUCUAUGAAGAGUGUUGGGGAAGCUAUGGCCAUUGGAAGAAAGUUUGAAGAAGCUUUGCAGAAAGCUUUGAGGAUGGUUGAUGAAGGAGUGAAUGGGUUUGAUCCUUAUCACAAAGAACCCUCAGAAGAGGAGCUGCAGAACCCAACUGAUAAAAGGAUCUUUGUCGUUGCCUCAGCUCUUAAGAAGGGCUAUUCCAUUGAAAAACUUUACCAGCUGACUAAAAUUGAUCGGUGGUUUUUAAAUCGGUUUAAGGUCAUUGUUGACCAAUAUACUUUGCUGGAACAAUUCCAAACAAGGCCCUGUGAUCUUCCCAAACAAGUACUACUGCAAGCAAAGCAACUUGGAUUCUGUGAUCUGCAAAUUGCCAAAUGUGUUUCAAGCACUGAACUUGUGAUCAGGCACACUAGGGAACAAUUUGGUGUAAAGCCAUGGGUGAAACAGAUUGAUACAGUGGCAGCUGAGUGGCCAGCUGAGACCAACUAUCUCUAUUUGACAUAUAACAGCAUUGAACACGACCUCCCAUUUGCGGAAGGUCACAUUAUGGUGCUCGGUUCUGGAGUUUAUAGAAUUGGAAGCAGUGUUGAAUUCGAUUGGUGUGCUGUGAACUGUAUCAGUGAAUUGAGAGCGAUGUCCCACAAGACCAUAAUGGUCAACUGCAAUCCUGAGACUGUCAGUACAGACUAUGACAUGUGUGAUCGUCUUUAUUUUGAUGAAAUAUCAUUUGAGACUGUAAUGGACAUAUAUGACCUAGAGAACCCAGAAGGAAUUAUUUUAUCGAUGGGUGGUCAACUGCCAAACAACAUUGCUAUGUCUCUACACAGACAACAGGCUCGUAUUCUUGGUACCUCACCUGAGUUUAUUGAUAAUGCUGAAAAUCGAUUCAAGUUCUCUCGUAUGUUGGACAAUAUGGGCAUUUCUCAACCCAUGUGGAGAGAGCUGGAUGACCUUGAGGAAGCCAAAAAAUUCUGUGAUACUGUUGGUUUCCCAUGCCUUGUUCGUCCUUCCUAUGUCCUGAGUGGUGCUGCUAUGAAUGUGGCCCACACUCACAAAGAUUUGGAAAGUUAUUUGACUCAAGCCAGUGCCGUAUCCAAGGAGCAUCCAGUUGUUAUUUCUAAGUUUAUUCUUGAAGCUAAAGAAAUUGAUGUGGAUGCUGUGGCAUGUGAUGGAGAGGUCGUCUGCAUGGCUAUUUCUGAACAUGUUGAGAAUGCUGGUGUGCACUCUGGUGAUGCUACACUGAUGACGCCACCACAAGACAUCAAUGAAAAGACCCUAGCUCGUAUCAAAUUGAUUUGCUGCACAGUUGGCCGAGCACUUGAAGUGACAGGUCCGUUUAACCUACAACUUAUUGCAAAGGACAACCAGUUGAAAGUGAUUGAAUGCAAUGUCCGUGUGUCACGGUCGUUUCCAUUUGUAUCUAAAGCUUUGGACCAUGACUUCAUUGCGAUGGCCACCCGAGCCAUUAUGGGAGAGAAACUGGAACCAGUCAAUGUUCUUGCUGGUUGCCGCAAAGUGGCACUCAAGGUACCCGUCUUCUCCUUCUCCCGUCUUCGUGGUGCUGAUGUGUUGCUAGGUGUUGAGAUGGCCAGUACAGGUGAAGUUGCUGGCUUUGGUGAGGACCGUUAUGAAGCUUACCUCAAGGCUCAACUCAGCUCAGGAUUUAAAAUUCCUCAUAGAAAUAUUUUGAUAUCCAUUGGUAGCUUCAAGCACAAGAAUGAGCUUCUUCCUUCAGUAAAGACACUUGAAGAAAUUGGCUACAAUCUCUUUGCCAGUAUGGGGACAGCUGACUUCUACACAGAACAUGGUGUCAAGAUCAAAGCUGUGGACUGGCCUUAUGAAAAUAUCAGUGAAAAUGGCAACGGCAAUGGUGUAGAGCAGAGGACAAUAGCAGACUACUUGGCUAAAAACAUGUUUGACCUAGUCAUCAAUUUGCCCAUGCGUAAUGGUGGCACUUAUAGGGCUUCAUCUUUUGUCACCCAGGGCUACAAGACACGACGUAUGGCCAUUGAUUAUUCUGUACCUCUCAUAACUGAUGUCAAGUGCACCAAACUUUUGGUGGAGGCACUUCGUCGGCUUAGAGAAGCUCCGCCUCUGAAAAUACAAUAUGAUUGUAUGACUUCUCGCAGAGUUGUCCGUUUACCAGGUCUUAUUGAUGUUCAUGUUCAUGUAAGGGAACCUGGUGCAAUCCAGAAAGAAGACUGGCAGACUGCCACAAAAGCUGCACUUGCUGGAGGUAUAACCAUGAUUCUGGCCAUGCCAAAUACCCAACCAGCAGUUGUAGACCAAGCCUCAUUUGCUCUUGUUCAGAAGAUUGCCAAGAACGCAGCUCACUGUGAUUAUGGUAUCAAUGUUGGUGCCAGUAAAGACAAUGCACAGACUCUUGUUCAAAUUGGAGCUAAGGCAGGAGCAUUGAAGAUGUAUCUCAAUGAAACUUACACUACCCUCAAACUAGAUAGCAUGGCAGACUGGCAGAAGCAUUUUGAGAACUGGCCUGCCAACUUACCUUUGUGUGUUCAUGCUGAAGGGACUACAACAGCUGCUGUGAUACUACUUGCUGAACUAUAUCAGAGACCAGUGCAUAUUUGUCAUGUGGCUCGUAAGGAAGAGAUCAUGAUCAUCAAAGCUGCAAAAGAUGUGGGUAUUCCAGUAACCUGUGAAGUUGCUCCACAUCAUUUGUUCUUGAGCACUGAUGACAAUAAAGUAAUUGGUGAAGGCCGUUGCCAAGUACGACCUUCAUUGCAGACCGCUGAAGACCAGCAAGCUCUUUGGGAUCACAUGGACGUUGUGGACUGUUUUGCCACUGACCAUGCUCCACAUACCUUAGAAGAGAAAGACAGUGAAAAACCACCACCAGGUUUUCCAGGUCUGGAGACAAUGCUUCCUUUGUUACUGACAGCUGUUAGCGAAGGAAGACUCACUCUUGAGGAUAUUAUACUACGAUUGCACUCCAACCCAAAGAAGAUUUUCAACUUGCCUGAUCAGCUUGACACAUAUGUGGAGGUGGAUAUGGACACAUUUUAUACAAUUCCUAAGCAACCAAAACAGAGCAAAUGCAAGUGGACUCCAUUUGCAGGACACCGAGUGUGUGGAGCUGUUCGUCGUGUGGUGAUCAGAGGAGAAAUUGCCUUUAUUGAUGGGGAGGUUCUAGUUCAACCCGGAUUCGGUAUAGAUGUUCGCUCAUUACCACAACCAACAUCAUCAACUCAACUACCAAUCAGUGAGCAGUUGACUGUUCAGAUUCCGACAAUGGCAUCAUUGUCACAGCCGCCAUCUGAACCAACAAGCCCUCGUAAAAUGAUUCCAUCAACGACACUAACUGCUGCCAGCAACCAGCCUGGCCCAUUUGCCUUCCCUGGUCGUGGCCUUCCAAAGAUGUCACAACCAACACAUGAAUCUCACCAGGCUGCUUAUCAUCACGGGAAACCAGACAGAAAAAUACUACAGUUGGCAGAUCACUUAGAACCUACUUCCAAGGAGCUUGGCACAGAACCUAUCCUCAGAGAGUAUACUGGAAGUGCAUUGCCUUGUAGCGAUCUUCUGGCCAAGAAAGACCAGGCUGUUGCUCAACCUGCUCCAUACUUGUUCACACCCCCUGUUCACUCAGGUUUGACCGGUCAUCAUAUUCUUAAUGUUCAAUCAUUCCACAAGGAACAGUUGCAUCAACUGUUUAAUCAGGCUCAUAAUUACCGGAUGUCUGUACAGAGAGAUAGGGCCCUUGAUCAUAUACUUAAGGGUAAGGUGAUGGCUUCCAUGUUCUAUGAAGUCAGCACUCGGACCAGCUGUUCCUUUGGUGCCGCCAUGCAAAGACUUGGUGGGUCAGUGAUCACAUUCAAUGAAGCUACUUCCUCAGUACAGAAGGGUGAAACUCUUGAAGACACAGUGCAGACCAUGUCUGGUUAUGCUGAUGUUAUUGUGUUACGACAUCCCAAGCCUGGUGCAGUUAUGAAAGCUGCUCAGCAUUGUCGCAAACCUGUGAUCAAUGCAGGAGAUGGCACUGGAGAACAUCCUACUCAAGCACUACUCGAUGUUUUUACCAUCCGAGAAGAAAUUGGUACUGUCAAUGGCCUUACUAUUACCAUGGUAGGUGAUUUACGAAAUGGCCGUACUGUCCACUCAUUAGCUCGAAUUUUGACCCUCUACCGUGUCAAUCUCUGUUAUAUUUCCCCACCAACUCUUGAAAUGCCAACCGAUGUACAAGAAUAUGUUAGAUCCAAAGGAAUCACUCAGACAGCCUUCAAUUCUUUAACUGAUAUAAUUGCCGAUACAGAUGUUCUCUACAUUACCCGAAUACAGAAGGAACGUUUCAGUAGCCUUGUAGAUUAUGAAAAGGCAUGUGGACAGAUUAUUUUGACUCCAGAACUAAUGACUAAAGCUAAAAAGAAGAUGGUGGUUAUGCAUCCCUUACCCAGAGUUAAUGAAAUCAGUACUGCUCUGGAUUCUGACCCGCGUGCUGCAUACUUCCGCCAGGCCGAGAAUGGUAUGUUUGUUCGGAUGGCUCUUCUUGCCAUGACACUUGGAAGGGCUUAAAACUAUUAUAUAUACACACAUGCAUAUAUGAAUUUAUAAAUUAGAGCUUACAACAAUGAAACAAAGUGACCUAACCUGAUUUAUUUACUGUUAUACUACCAAAUUAACACUUCUAUUUCAAAAGAUCAUGAUGAUAAAAAAAAAUUAUGAAAAAAUUACAUACUGGGA